UCCUCCUCCUCCUCCUCAUCCUUGCUGCCCUGGAAGUUCUCCGUGUCUAGAUCAACAUGCAAUCUCUCCUUGCAACCUUGAGCUCUGAGGCUGGGCGUGGUCCUUCGUGUGUAAGAACAUGGUCUUGGACAGUCUCGACCGACGCAGGUACUCGCGUGUCAAAGUGCCGCCUCGACUUUCUUCGCGCAAGGUUCUUGUUCCACCUUGGCCUGUUCCUCUUGCUUCCUCCCCACGAGCUUCUUGUUCCCCCUUGCCCUGUUCCUCUUGCUUCUUUCGUUGAGCCGUUUCCUCCUCUUCGCGCCUGUUUGCUUCUGCUUCCGCUUUUUGUGCUUCGGCCCUUUGCUUUUCGCUUAUGGCGCGUCGUUCGGCUUCUUCCCUGGCUCGUUGCUCCUUUUCAAGUUCCAAGCGACAUAGCAUUCGUGUCUACACAUGUCCAUCCCCUCCUUUGUCCACCCAAUAGUUCCUCCUCAUCCUUGCUGCCCUGGAAGUUGUCCGUGUCUAGAUCAACAUGCAAUCUCUCCUUCCAGGUACCACGCAAGACAGUAACAGUGUCUACACAUGUCCAUCCCCUCUUCGCUCACGCAGCACUAUUGAUUGGUUCUGCUGAGAGCAUGUCAUUGUGUCACAUGUCCCGCUGAUUCGACUCUAUGGAGGAAGGGUGCCCGGCUCGAGAGGAGAAAGUGUCCGCUCAGCGAUGUCGUAGAAGGAACAGAGACAAUAAAUUUGGUACUCGCGGCUACGUGGAGUCUCUUGGAUGAGUCAGAGUCUGUGGUUUUCGA